AUGUCCCAACAGUACGCGCUGCAGGAGGCGAAGGGAGACGCGGUUUGCUUCGUACCUGGCUCUCCUCUCUUCUCUGUGCUGAUGGAGCCGGCGUCCUUCUGCUACCCCCGGCUCACCUUCCUGCGCUCUCCCUAUGGCCAGUUUGGGGCCAGUGCUGGCUCUUCCCAGGAUUUGGCCCCGUGGCCGCAGCGUUUGGUGCAGCAGAGGUGGAGCAGGCCGGUGGAUGAGUCUCCACCAGCAGCGAUGUCAAGGAAUGGAUACUUCUUUGAAGAGAGUGGGUACCUCAAGUGCGACACGGACGAUGCGAAGGAGGAGGCGGUGAACGAGGAGCUCUUCGACGGCGUCAACUCCACCAUCGUGUCCGCGGACAGCAUCCGCUUCUUCGUCAACGUCAACCUCGAGGGCGCUCCCAGCGCCACCGCUGAAAGUGAAGGUGCUGGCUGCGUGUUACUGCACACAUCAAGGAAGUACCUGAAAUUAAAGAAUUUUGAGGAGGAAGUGAGAGCCCAGAGAGACCUGGAUGGUUUCUUGGCCAGAGCCAGCAUCAUCCUGGAUGAAACAGCCACGUCCUUGGACGAUGUUCUCCGGGAGAUGCUGAAACACUUCGCCGAGGAUCCUGAGAACAUGGAGCCCAGCUGCAACUUCGAAAAAAUCAUGAACACUUUAUUCACUGAUUCAGGGACCCCACGGGAAGGGAACGGCACCCUUGAUGGUUCAGACUCACCAGGAAUGAAUGCACAAUCAUAUCCAGCGCACCUCAAAUUUCACCUUUUAUCAGACACAAUUCAAGGGGUCACAGCCACAGUCACGGGGGUGCAGUAUCAGCAGUCCUGGCUCUGUAUCAUUUGCACUAUAAAGUCCCUUCAGCGACGUCACGUUUGCAUCAGCCGCCUGGAGAGGCCUCAGAACUGGGGGGAGAACUCCUGUGAAGUCAGAUUUGUCAUACUGGUCCUGGCUCCUCCCAAAAUGAAAAGCACCAAAACGGCCACAGAAGUGGGCAGGACCUUUGCCACGAUGUUUUCAGACAUAACCUUCCGGCAGAAGCUUCUGGAAACCAAAACUGAGGAGGAGUUCAAGGAGGCCUUGGUGCAUCAACGCCACUUGCUGACAGUGGCCAAUCAGAGACCCUCAGGAAGGAAAGAUGGGCACACGUCACAUGGUAGCAAACAACUCAAGCUGCACGACUUUCUCAGUAUUGGCAAGGGGAUUUCUGAUGACAUUGCACGAAGAUUCCCAGUGUACGCGCUGGACUUCACCGAUGGUAUUAUUGGGAACAACAAAGCUAUAGGGAAAUUCAUCACAACCAUGAUCUUUCUGUACUUUGCCUGCCUCCUCCCAGCCAUUGCUUUUGGGUCCCUCAAUGAUGAAAAUACCCGAGGAGCUAUUGAUGUGCGGAAGACGAUUGUCGGGCAGUGCAUUGGGGGGCUGCUCUACGCCCUCUUCUCAGGGCAGCCCCUGGUGGUGCUGCUGACCACAGCUCCCUUGGCCCUCUACAUCAAUGUCAUCCAAGGAAUCUGUGAUGACUACAACUUGGAUUUCAGUGCUUUCUAUGCCUGGAUUGGACUCUGGAACAGCUUUUUCCUUGUGAUCUACUCCCUCUUUAAUGUCAGCCUCCUGAUGAAGCUCUUUAAAAGGUCAACAGAAGAAAUAAUUGCACUUUUUAUAUCCAUCACAUUUGUGCUUGAUGCCAUCAAAGGCAUUGUUAAAGUUUUUAAGCAAUAUUACCACAAUGACCACACAGGACAUGGAAAACCAGGGGCUGAUGCUAUCCCAGGCCUUGGCAUCAACACCAGCUUAUUGAUGAACUCCUCAGUGAACGAGAACCAGACUUGCACUCACGAUGGGCACUACGGGCGCGAGACCGCCGUCCUCAGCCUCAUGCUGAUGUUGGGAACCCUCUGGCUCGGCCACACCCUCUAUCAGUUCAAGAAAAGCCCAUAUUUGCACGCGAGGGUACGUGAAAUUCUGUCCGACUGUGCCUUACCCAUUUCAGUCUUGACCUUCUCUGUUGUGGGUUCCUUUAUCUUCAAUGAAAUUGAAAUGUCCAAAUUUAACUACAAUGCCUCUGAAAGCUUGUUUGUGCUGGCCCCUGUGCAGUCCCUGUCCAUUGGGUCGGUGAUGAGUGCCAUGGGACUGGGAUUUCUCCUCUCCAUGCUCUUCUUCAUUGAGCAGAACAUCGUCGCGUCCCUCACCAACGCCCCAGAGAACAGGUUGGUGAAGGGCACAGCCUAUCACUGGGACCUGCUGCUGGUGGCACUGAUCAACACGGGGCUCUCGGUUUUCGGCCUGCCCUGGAUCCACGCGGCCUUCCCGCAUUCCCCCAUGCACGUCCGGGCCCUGGCCUACGUGGAGGAGAGGGUGGAGAGUGGACACAUCUAUGAGACGAUUGUGAGUGUGAAGGAGACUCGUCUGACAAGUCUGGUGGCCAAUUUCCUGGUGGGGCUGUCGCUGCUGCUGCUCCCGUUCCCGCUGCAGUGGAUCCCAAAGCCGGUGCUCUUCGGCCUCUUCCUCUACAUCGCGCUCACCUCCAUCGACGGCAACCAGCUCUUUGAGAGGGUGGCUCUGCUGCUCAAGGAACAGACUGCUUAUCCUCCGACCCAUUACAUCCGCAGAGUUCCCCAGAGGAAGAUCCACUACUUCACAGGCCUGCAGGUCCUGCAGCUCCUCAUCCUCUGUGGCUUUGGAAUGUCACCCAUGCCUUACAUGAAGAUGAUCUUCCCCCUCAUCAUGAUAGGGAUGGUCCCCAUCAGGUACAACCUGCUCCCCAGGAUCAUCGAGGCCAAGUACCUGGAUGCCAUGGAUGCAGAGUACUGAGGGUGCCCAGCCUGCAGAGCAGCAGAGACAGCCCUGGGGGCCAGCCAAGGCCUGGGACCAUCCCUGCAGCUUCCUUUCACCACUUUCUUCGUGCUCUGACCUUGGCAAUGCACUCCUGUCACAGCUCCACGGGGCCUGUGCCAGACCAGGGGAGCCUUGGGCUGAGAGGACACUGCUCUCUGGAGCUGUGAGGCCAAGGAGCUUUAUGGAAAAUGCUUAUUUCCACACCCCCAAGCACACCAACCCCAAAGAUCAGCCUGGCUGCGUGGCUGGAGCAUCCAGAGUUGGCCUGUGUUCCCUUGUUUGAGGGUGGGGGAGGAUUUUUUAAUGCACCACAUCCUUUCCUUCCCCAACACUAAGAACAGCCCCUUGUUUUAUAGAAUGACAGCCCUGGCCUGGCCUUUGAAAUUCCGAUUCCCUGUGCACCCAGUGUUCCCAAAUUGGUGUUCUGGGUGGGAUGGCCUCGUGCUAAACCACUGAUGGCAGCAGAGAUGGUGACUGUUUUGUCACAUUCAUGGGUUUGGAAACAGUUGCAAUGUGUACUGCUACAACCCACAGUUUUGGAUGAAUUUUUAAUCCCAGCAAAUGAGCUGGGAACCAUUCAGAGGCUGGGCUGAAAUGGCCCUGUGGAUGAAACCCCUGCUGGGUUUGAGCUGUUUGGGCAUUAGUUUGGAUCUUUCUCCCAUUUCUCCUGGGUAAUCAAACACAGAAUUGUAGGGUUUUGCACAACUGCAGCAUUUUUUGCUUGCACCCAGAGGGCAGUUGUGUGGAGGUUGCAUAUACAUAUGUACAGUAGUGCCUAUGUGUACAUAUAUACAUAUGGAGUUGUGUAUAUAUUUUGCAUAGAUAUACAAAUAGGCCUGGUUCUUUCCAAAUUCACAAGUGUUUUGUGCAGUCAGUGUUACCCACCAUGUCCUGACCAUAUACUUGUUCUCUCUGCUUCAGUGCUGCUUCUUCUCAUUUUGAGAGAUGGUCACUUUUAUUCCUUUGGAAGCUGCUCAGUUAUUGGUUCUGUUCAUGUGUUGCUUUCUUCAAGGUGUUUUCUUUGCUUUCUCCUUCCUGUGGCU